GAACCGGAAGUGUAAACGUCCUGCUUUUUUUCUUCCCCCCCUUCUCUCUGUCUCCUCUCUCUCCCCUCACCCUCCACCCCAGCCAGGCGGAAACUGUUCGGCCUGGGCCCCGCGGCUGCAGAGAGAACUUUCUCCCGCGCGCCCACGGUCGUCGCGGCCCGCAGCCUCGCCCACGCGCGGCGGCCAGCGGCGCGUCGUUCGCUCGGGUCCCCUCCCCACCCCCACCCCCGCGUCGGGCGUCCCCGCCACUGGUUGCCGGCCCGGCCCGCCCCGCUGCAGCGAUGUGCGACAAGGAGUUCAUGUGGGCCCUGAAGAACGGAGACCUGGACGAGGUGAAGGACUACGUGGCCAAGGGAGAAGAUGUCAACCGGACACUAGAAGGUGGAAGGAAGCCUCUUCAUUAUGCAGCAGAUUGCGGACAGCUUGAAAUCUUGGAAUUUCUGCUGCUGAAAGGAGCAGAUAUUAAUGCUCCAGAUAAACAUCAUAUUACCCCUCUUCUGUCUGCUGUCUAUGAGGGUCAUGUUUCCUGUGUGAAAUUGCUUCUGUCAAAGGGUGCUGAUAAGACUGUGAAAGGCCCAGAUGGACUGACUGCCCUUGAAGCCACUGACAACCAGGCCAUCAAAGCUCUUCUGCAGUAAUGGAUGGAUGGAUGGACUGAUAAUUUGGGAAGAAUGACUCUCCUGUGGCCUCACACUGCUGCCUGUCUGUCUGUCACUUUCUAUCUGCCAGCUUCUUCAGCUAAAUACUUUAAGAGGGGUGAGGGGAGAGAGAAAUUCAUAACAAAGCCGACUACCAAGGGGGGGAAACAUGUUUUGGAGGAGCAGUGGGGAAUGUGAUCGGGCUUUUACUGGGAUUCCUGAUCAAACCAGCCUCUUGUCCAUUUCUAGUAAAAUAGACAGCUUAUCCCCAAGGGAGAGCAAAAAUGGUGUAUGGGAGUCCUUGAACCUUCUCAGCUCCCGAGUUAAUAUAUUAUUAGUGUGUUGAAGGUCUGACUAUACAAGACCAACUCUACUUACUGGGCAGCAAUAGCUGUGCGCAGUAGUGGCUGCUGUUAUGUCAACUUAGGGUGCUGAGUUAAGCAAUUAGCUACAGCCUUCUGCCUUAAGAAUGCACUCUCCUGGGGGUUCCUGGCUAGGUAAGAGCGCUGCCUAUGGUUAGUGACCAAAAUCUUGAAUGACUUUAAUCUUUAUGUGAAAGCUCAGAUAAGUGGAGCACCCCUAAAUUGACUGAUGAAAACUUUGGAUUUUCUCUCCCCUUUCACAUGAAUUUUAUGUCUCUUUAGAUAAAACUGACUAGUUUUAUUUAUAAAAUGUUAAAUUCUAGGAGCCUAAAGGAGGAAUCAUUCCAGUAUGCUUAUUUCUUUUUUCUUCCUUUAGACUCAGACAUUUAUAUAACAUUGAAACACUUUGAGACUCCUGCUGGUAGUAAAGGGAGAUUUAAAAAUAAAAUCAUAGCCAUAAGCGUGUUAGUAUCUUAUAAAGAGAGAACAGUUGUCUUAGUAUUACAGAUUUUCUUCAUUUGCUACUUGAGUGAAUCAGCCUUAGUUGUAUUUGGAAAAUGAAGAACAUUCUUUGGAAUGCCUCUCUUAAGACCCACCAUGGAUGCUGACUUUGUAGUGCACCAAAGCUAUCACUUGGGUGAGAUGUACUGUUUGGAUUGAUGGAACCUCAUCCCUUCAAAACCCUGCUUGUUGCCAGGUUCCCUGAGCUGCUGAUUGACUCUUGUAGGGCCAACACCACCCCACCUGCAUAGUGGUUUUGUUUCUCUUAACAAUCAUGCAUUGCAUACAUGUGACAACUUCACAAUACAUUCUGUGUUCUUAGAAUACAGUACCCUAAAAUGGUGUUCUUAGGACCUGCAGAAAAUUUAGACUUAUCUCUAAAUCUUAAUUCAUGAACAAUAAAGUGAAUAAACAUACAACCUUAGAUUUGAUAUCUUACAUUUAACUUGUCAUCCAUACAGGCUUACAAAAAUUAUUACACUCUUUCCUUAACCAAGUCAUGCAAUAAUUGAAUGUACCUCAAAUUUUUAAAGGGUGGGUGGGUGGGAUAGGGACUUAUAUUCAAAUUAUGGAUAAUUAAAUUUUUUUAGGGCAGUGUAGCAUUCUAUAGCAGGGUUAAACUAUUACCAAGAACAGUCAGCCUGGCUAAAUAACUAUUGAUCAGUUAAUAGUUGGUGUGUGUGUGUGUGUGUGUGUGUGUGUGUUCUCCCAUGAACUCUUUUUUAUCCUGUGGCUUUUUCACUUUCAGCUAGCCUGGCCCUGUACUUUUUCUAUGUCCAAGAAAACAAUCACAAAACAGUAGUUUAAAUACUUUGUUAUAUUUGGCUAACUCUGCUGUCUUCAUGAAACCUACUAGAGUUGGACAUCCUACACAUGAUCUUAGCCAAAAGGCCAAAAAGCUGUAGAGUUGGACAUCCUGAUAGUAAGUGGGGGCACUCAGUCUGUUACUACCAAUGUAAUGCAACAGGGUGUUUUGAAACCUUUGUUUUCACCUCUUGGCAUACUGCUAUUUUAAAGGCUUGAAUUUUAACCCUUUACACAAUUUUCAGUUUUUCUUUCAAAGUGUUUUGUUACAGUUGGCUAUUGCAGAGAGUAUAUUGUCUUAUCAUUCCUAAACUUGGGUCUGCUUUCUACAGUCAUUAUGGUACUGAAACCAUACGAUUCCUUGUACAGUUUAUCCUUGUGUUCCUUGUGAUGCAGUAGAGGCUAUUUUGCCUUCCCGCCCUUUGUUGGCCAUUUUGUAAACCUAUAGCUAUGAAGCAAUUGCUUGAGAAAAUAGCAUAUAAACAUAGACUAGGAUAGACUGACCAGGAUGGUUUACAGUUUCUUUAAAAAAAAAAUAAGUAAAUAAAUAAUAAAAAAUAAACUAGGUUAUUUAUAAUGUAUUUCUGAACCACUUGGCAGAGAAAUUCAUGACACUUAAUGUUAAUAUUUUUGAAUAAAGGAAGCUAAAAUGUCUGCUUUUGGUACUACACGCAUUAAUAAAAGGUUAAGUUUUGUUUUCCACUGAAGUACUAUUUAACAUCUCAGAAAAAAACUGCAUGUUCUAUAGUUUUAUAUCAAAUCCAUCAUUUCAUAUGCACUGUAUCAAAACAGGUAAUUUGCCUUUUGAUGGUUAGUGUCCUAACCCCACACACACAGCUUCCUGCCGGCGUCUGUAGAUCUGAGUUCUAACACAGCACUUGCCUAUCCCAGCUCCCUUUGUGUACAGCAGCUGGGCACGGAAGAAAGGCAGUAACUGCAGCAUGCGGGAGCUUGGACAAGCAGCCUUCUAGUCACUUCUUUCCCUGGGUAAAGGCGCUUCAGUUUCUAUGUACUUGACUUUAUUUUAACUUCAGCUCAGAUGCUGUUUUCUUCAUGUGAUAUUGUAUACUCAGUUGUGUAUAGAAGAAGCUGGUAAGAGUGCCCUCCUACAUAAAUAAGCAAUUGCAGUGUUUUGCAUGCAAAAUUUAAAACUUUAAAUUGUCCUGAUUCUAUUUUGUAAGUGGAGAAACAAUCAAUCUUUCUAGGCAGUAUGGAGGAAGACUAGUGCUUUGUGCAUUUUUGAUAUAUUUGAGUUCAUGGUUCCACAGCGUCAUUCCUUUGACACAGUUGGGUUUCUCAUAAGUAUCCUAGUUCAUGUACAUCCGAAUGCUAACUAAUAUUGUGUUUAAAUUUCGUGUUGCAAGAACAAAUGGAAUAAACUUGAAUUGUGCUACA